AAUAAAAACCAAUGAAUGGUAACGGGAGUAAAUUUUCUUUGGAAAUCGCGUACAAUGUCAAAUAUUGAGAAAUCGUCGAAAAUUCACACUCUAACUAAUCUAAUCUACCGAAAUGAAACCGACUAAACGUCUAAGUACUGAUAACAAAGUGUAUAUAUGUGCCAUUGCGAUGACUGAGUGUGCGAAUAAAGCACACUGUACAUUUCGUUUGAAUGAUUUCAUCGCAACUGAUUUCUGUAAAGGCCAAGAUUUUCAGUCGACACACAUGCAUAAUGUGCACAUUAUGUCGUAUUGGUUAGCGUUUCACUUGUGUUGAGGAAUAAGCUGUCAAUCGUUUUGAGCUGAUUUUACGAAAUCACGCUUGAAGACUCAAACAUCGAUGAGAAAUCCAAUUUUUUUUUUUUUUGCACCACUGAUAAAAAGAAAUUAUUACUUUUUUGCACUGAAACGAAAUGGAUUGAACGAGAAAUGUAGACGACAGUGUUUGAUGUGAAAAAUAUAUCCAAUUUUUGAACUAAAACGAGUGAAAAAGUUAUUCAGUGAUAAAAAUCUAUCAUUUUAAUCUAAAUGAAAAAAAAACUAAACAUUUUACUCACUGAACCAUCGUUGCUCCUUUUGUAUCAAGUGUGAAGUUUUACUUUUGAGCGAUAAUGACAAUGUCCCGACACGAAUUCAAAAAUCGCGCUGUAACAAAACUGGGCAAAAGUGUCUAAGCCUGAAAUUUUGCUGUGCCAUCAGAUGGCGUUCGUGUAAUCCAUUGCACGAAUGACAGAUGAAUGUUCAUUCGUACACAAAACUGGGCUUGUUAGUUUGUCAAUAUUGCCUUCGUCGCUCAGGUUUAGCAUCAGUCUUCAUAAAUUUACAAUUUAGAAACAGAAAAAAAAUCUCAAUAUUGUCAAAAAUGUCGUCUCACAUGAGCACCAAGGAUAGACUUUUAUCGAUAAUCGAUGACUUUGAAAUCAUAGCAAAAGAAUUGAUUGAGAAUUCAAAUGCGCCGAAACAUCAGAAAAUUUCUCAAAAUGAUCACAGUCAACUCGUUGAGCUGCUCAUAUCAAAAGAUGACGAAUUCAAGGAUGUUUUGAAAUUAGCCGAGGAACAGGCACAGAUCGAGCAAAAGAUGACAGCAUUAAAAGCUAAAGUGCAUUUGCGUGACCAACAAAUUAAACGACUUCAACGACGUUUGAAAGAUUCAGAGGAGAUUCUAUCGCGGGCUCUGUUUCAAGCACGUCAAAAGCUGGCGAGCAUAAAUGUGGCAAACAAGAAAUCGGUCUCAUCUGAAGAACUCAUCAAAUAUGCAUACCGAAUCAGUGCAUCGAAUGCUAUCAGCGCGCCAUUGACCUGGCAACAGGGUGAUUUGAGACGACCAUAUCCAACUGAUAUCGAAAUGCGAUUAGGGUUUUUGGGCAAAUCGGAUCUAUCGAAUGUAAAUGGUCACAGUUCACAGAGCCAGAGUGCAACGACCAGUGAUUUUCCAAAACCAUCGGUUGGAGAUAUUCCAAUAGCAUCUCAAAAUCAAUUUGCUUGGAUGCAGUCCGGUGAAUUACAAAUGACUAUGGGCAAAAGUUCGAAUGCUACUAGUGUUCCACUUGAUACUCGAAACCACAAAGAUGCCAACCAGGAUGAGGUUGAGGUUAUGUCGACUGAUAGUUCCAGUUCGAGCUCAAGCGAUUCUCAAUAGAAUUACUCAUAUUCUCCAUUAAAAUACAUAGGGACAUUAUCAUUUUAUUCUUUCUUUCCUAUUUUAUCAAAUUCGGUACAUUUGUAAAUCAUCGCAUAUAAUCAGAUUAGCAUAUUCAAAUUAUUAUGAUAUUUACCAUCUAAUCUAUACCACUAUGACUUGAAAAUAAUAAACAACAAGUAUAAUUAAACAUAAGCA